AUGAGUGACAGUUGUUCGAUAUCAACACCUUCGAUUGGUUCUUCCAAAAAGACCAAUAAAGAAACUGCUCGCAUUGUAAUCAUAGGAGCCGGUCCCUCGGGCAUUGCUGCUGCCACAAGACUUUUAGAGCAGGGAUUUAAGCAUGUACAAUUGCUGGAGGCAGAGGAUCGUAUUGGCGGACGUAUUCAUACUAUACCAUUUGCCGAUAAUGUCAUGGAUUUGGGCGCCCAAUGGUGUCAUGGUGAGACGGGAAAUGUUGUUUAUGAGAUGGUCAAGGAUCUGAAUCUUGUCGAACGCACUGGAGAAGAUCUAAAUGGCCUAAAAGGUCAAUUUAUACGCUCGAAUCGACAAAUCCUGCCACAUGAAACCGCAAAUAUACUUUUGGCUAUUAUGGAGAAACUUGCCAUAAGUGAAAGUGAUAAUUAUGAGGGCUCGCGUGGGGAUUAUGUGACGCAAAGCUACUGGAAGGAAGUUGCGAAGGAAUUGCCAUCACUAGAACCAGAGUUGUCCCAGGAAGCAUUGAAAGUUAUAAAGCUUAUGCUAUGUGGUUGGGAAGGCUGCGAUCAUUUGUUUGAAUUGUCCUCAACCGAUUAUUUCAUUGAUUGCGAAGGGGAUAAUCUGGUGAAUUGGCGUGAUAAGGGUUAUAAAAGUAUACUCCGAGUUCUAAUGAAAUCCCAAGAAGAUCAACCCGAUGACCUUGGCGUGCUUACUGGUCGUGUCUUGCUUAAUAGACGCAUUUCGCAAAUCAAUUGGGUAAAUGAUGAUAAGUUGACUCUACGCUUGUGGAAUGGUGAGAUUCUGCAAGCAGAUCAUGUCAUUUGCACAGUCUCCUUGGGUGUCCUUAAAGAACAGCAUGCGGAACUGUUUGUGCCUCGACUGCCAGAGGCAAAAGUGCGUGCCAUCAAGGGUCUUAAUCUCGGCACUGUGGACAAAUUUCUCUUGGAGUUUUCAUCUCCACCCAUGCCAGAGGAUAUUGUAGGAUUUCAAUGUUUGUGGCUGGAAAAGGACUUAGCCGAGCUACGUGGCACCGAAAUGUUUUGGCUCGAAAGUGUGAGUGGUUUCCAUUGCGUGUCCCAUCAGCCGCGUUUGCUAGAGGGUUGGAUAAUUGGUGCCCAUGCCCGACAUAUGGAGACGCUUACAGAGGCUAAAGUUUUGGAGGGCAUUCAAUGGCUUUUUGGCAAGUUUCUUAACUUUGAAAUUCCGCAGCCAAAACGUUUUGUCCGCACCCAAUGGCAUUCGAAUCCCAAUUUUCGUGGCAGUUAUAGCUAUCGCACAACCUAUGCUGAUGAGCUGGAUAUAGGUCCGUGGGACUUAGCUACUCCACUUUUGGAUGUUAAUGGACGACCCAAAUUGCAAUUUGCUGGCGAAGCUUCAAGCAAAACCCACAAUUCUACGGUUCACGGAGCUAUCGAAACGGGCUGGCGUGAAGCAGAUCGUCUUAAUAAUUAUUACAAUGAACGAGGUGCCAAUUAGGAAUAGCUUAGUUUGAAAACAACUAACAUGUAAAACUUAUGGUCGAAUAAAUGUGAACAAAUUAAAAUCGAUUAAAGAAACUUUCAAGUUAACAAA